AUGGUCGUCGACUUCAACGCCACCGCCGGGCAGGUCAUCAGUCCCAGCAAACUAGCACACGUUGUGCUCCGAACCAACAAUCUGCCGGCGAUGGUUGCUUACUACACGAUGUUCCUGGGAGGGCAGGUGAUAUACGAGAACGAGAUGCUGGCGUUCAUUUCAUACGACGAGGAACACCAUCGCAUCGCACUUCUUGGCGCCCCCGGCACUCAGCCCAAGCAGAAGACGUCCUGCGGGCUGGAGCAUAUCGCCUUCACUUUCGAUUCUCUGUCCACACUCUUGUUAGCGUAUCGGCAGCGAAAGCAAAAGGGCAUCUCGCCGUUAUGGCCGGUCAACCACGGUCCCACGACAUCGAUCUACUAUCGCGAUCCCGAUGGCAACAUGAUUGAGACUCAGGUCGAUAACUUCGACAACCCGGCUGCCGCGACCGACUUCAUGAAAUCUGCUCAGUUCGCAGAGAAUCCUAUUGGGACAGAUUUCGACCCUGAAGACUGGAUUCAACAGAUUUCAGAUGGGAAGCCUGAGGCAGAGUUAAUGAAAAGGGAGGAAGUCGGACCACGUGGACUUCCAGAUUUCUUUUGA